AUGGAACCAGGAAAUGAUUCACAAGUUCCAGAAUUUUUUCUUCUGGGAUUUGCAGAGAGACCAGAGCUGCAGCUCCUCACUUUUGGGCUUUUCCUCUCCAUGUACCUGAUAACUGUGUUUGGGAACCUGCUCAUCCUCCUGGCCGUCAGCUCUGACUCCCACCUCCACACGCCCAUGUACUUCUUCCUGGCCAACCUGUCCUUUGUAGACAUCUGCUUCACCUCCACCACCGUCCCGAAGAUGCUCUGGAACAUCCAGACACAGAGCAAAGUCAUAACUUAUGCAGGCUGCAUCACACAGAUGUAUUUUUUCCUACUCUUUGCUGGAUUGGACAAUUUUCUACUGUCUGUGAUGGCCUAUGACCGGUUCGUGGCCAUCUGUCAACCCUUGCACUACAUGCUGAUCAUGAAACCCACCUACUGUGGGCUGCUUGUUCUGGUGUCCUGGAUGAUGAGCACCCUGAACUCCUUAUUACAAACCUUAAUGAUGUUGUGGCUGUCCUACUGUACAGAGGUGGAAAUCUCCCACUUUUUCUGUGAAAUCAAUCAGGUGGUCCUGCUUGCCUGUUCUGAUAGCUUUCUUAAUGACAUGCUGAU